UGCCCCUGUUGGCCGCCGCUGUAAAAGUAAAUGGUGACUGGAGGAAGUCGAUCCUAAGCUCUUUCUUCUUCUCUCUCAAAAUCUCAAUUGCAGAUUCUAUUCUCCAAAUUCUGUGUGCUGGUAAGCCAUUGAAGACUGAACAAGCAUGAGCGCGACACAGGGGCCGCACUCACUAGCCUUCAGGGUGAUGAGACUCUGCAAGCCAUCCUUCCAUGUCGACCCGCCUCUCCUCCUCGACCCCGCAGAUCUUCUCGUCGGUGAAGAUAUCUUCGACGACCCCGUCGCUUCCUCCCUCCUCCCUCCUCUUCUGCAACCACUUAUCUCCUCUUCCGACUACUCCUCCGAUCUCAGCUACCGCUCCAGAUUUCUCCUCCGCCACCCCUCCGAUGCCCUCGGCCUCUCUUCCCUCCUCCUCCUCCCUCAAUCUUUCGGGGCUAUUUAUCUGGGAGAGACAUUUUGCAGCUACAUUAGCAUCAAUAACAGCUCUAGUUUUGAAGUUAGAGACGUUAUCAUCAAGGCAGAAAUCCAGACGGAGAGGCAGAGGAUACUCCUUCUUGAUACAUCAAAGUCGCCCGUUGAAUCUAUACGGGCUGGAGGGCGUUAUGAUUUCAUUGUGGAACAUGAUGUGAAGGAACUUGGAGCUCACACGCUAGUGUGCACUGCAUUGUACAAUGAUGGUGAUGGGGAGCGUAAAUAUCUUCCGCAAUUCUUCAAGUUUUCAGUGGCAAAUCCACUUUCAGUUAGAACAAAGGUUCGCGUAGUAAAGGAAACUACAUUUUUAGAGGCUUGCAUUGAGAACCAUACAAAAUCCAACCUUUAUAUGGAUCAAGUUGAGUUUGAACCAGCUCCGCAUUGGAGUGUCACUAUACUAAAAGCUGAUGAACACCUAUCCAAGAAUGAUUCUUUAACAAGAGAGGUAUUUAAGCCACCAGUUCUCAUUCGAUCUGGUGGAGGAAUUCAUAACUACCUUUAUCAGUUGAAAUUGCCCUCAAAUGGUCCUGGACAAGUGAAGGCUCAAGCAAGUAAUAUUCUAGGCAAACUUCAGAUAACAUGGCGUACGAAUUUGGGGGAGCCUGGUCGUUUACAGACACAACAAAUUCUUGGCACUCCUAUCACACGCAAGGAUGUUGAGUUGCACAUUGUUGAGGUUCCACCUAUCAUCAUUCUUAAUAGAUCUUUUCCGGUUCGCCUGAAUCUGGCAAACCAGACUGAUAGGAAAUUGGGUCCCUUUGAGGUUCAUUUAUCCCAAAAUGAGUCAAGCACAGAGAAAGCUGUUAUGAUUAAUGGUCUCCAGACUGUGACAUUACCGCUAGUGGAGGCAUUUGGUACCACAGAUUUUCACCUGAACCUGAUUGCUACUAAACUUGGAGUUCAGAAAAUCACAGGCAUUACAGCAUUCGACACAAGAGAGAAGAAAACUUAUGAACCAUUGCCUGAUAUAGAGAUUUUUGUAGAUUUGGAUUGAUUUUGCAAGUUUCAUUCAGCUAGGUGCCAUUGCUCCAUAUUCUUUUGGAAAAUCAUCUGGUUAACAGAGCAGGCAGUGUCAUGGCAUGUACAUGUGUGUGUAUAUAUAUAUAUAUAUAUAUACAGAUCGUGCAUCAAUCAGAUUGAGCAGGGCUGGAGGUAGAAAUCACCAAACCUCAUAUUGCCAGACAUCUGUUAGUGACUGGCCUCCAAGCAUUGAGGACUUUUACAACCUUUGGUUCUUACCAAUUCCAUUAUUUAAGAUUAAGGAGUAGAUGGACCCUUAACUCAAAUGUAUUUUGUUGUUUCAUGUUUAGUUACUUCAAGGAUGAGGAAAACUUAAGACUUCGGAAAUAACUUUUUCAUACUUUGGGUUUUGAGAAAGUCAUGUUAACCUACUAAAACCUUAUUUGUUUGGUCUGUUGGCCUGAUAUUUCCUGAGGACAAUUGGCAACUAGAAUCAUGUGACCCAGGAAAAAAAGUAAAA